CAGGUGUUUGCCCCUCAGUCCCCAGCCUGCCCUGCCGGCGACUGGAGCCAGCUGCCGACGCCAGCCCGCAAAGUUUCCCUCUCUCAUCCCUGCACCCUCCGCGCCCCAGGCCCGGGGGCCGCGAUGGCCUGCCGCUCCUGCGUCGUUGGCUUCAGCAGCCUUAGCAGCUGUGAGGUGACUCCAGCGGGCGGCCCCCGGCCUGGAACCUCGGAAUGGGGCAGCUGCGGAGCCCCCGGGCCGGGCUUCAGCUCUCGCAGCCUCACAGGCUGCUGGCCGACCGGCACCAUCCCCAAGGUGACCGUGAACCCCAGCCUGCUGGUACCCCUGGAUCUCAAGCUGGACCCAACCAUCCAGCAGCAGAAGAUCCAGGAAAAGGAGGAGAUGAAGGUCCUCAAUGAUAAGUUUGCCUCCUUGAUUGGCAAGGUGCAGGCCCUGGAGCAGCGCAACCAGCUGCUGGAGACCCGCUGGAGCUUCCUGCAGGGCCAGGGCUCAACUGCCUUUGACCUUGGCCACCUCUAUGAGAAGUAUGAGGGCCGGCUGCAGGAGGAACUGCGCAAAGUGAGCCAAGAGCGGGGACAGCUAGAAGCCAACCUGCUGCAGGCGCUGGAGAAAGUCGAGGAGUUUCGAGUCAGGUAUGAAGACGAGAUCUCCAAGCGCACAGACAUGGAGUUUACCUUCGUCCAGCUGAAGAAGGAUCUGGAUGCAGAAUGUCUUCGACGGACCGAACUGGAGACCAAGCUGAAAAGUCUGCAGAGCUUUGUGGAGCUGAUGAAAACCAUCUACGAGCAGGAGCUGAAGGAUCUGGUAGCCCAAGUGAAGGAUGUGUCGGUGACCGUGGGCAUGGACAGACGCUGCCACAUUGACCUGAGCGGCAUCGUGGAGGAAGUGAAGGCCCAGUAUGACGCCAUCGCGGCUCGCAGCCUGGAGGAGGCUGAGGAGCACUCCCGGAGGCAGCUGGAGGAGCGGGCCGCCUGCUCAGCCCACUUUGGGAACAGUCUCCAGAGCAGCCGCAGCGAGAUUGCUGACCUCAAUGUGCGCAUCCAGAAGCUCCGAUCCCAGAUCCUCUCCGUCAAGAGCCACUGCCUGAAACUGGAGGAGAACAUCAAGGAGGUCGAGGAGCAGGGUGAGCUGGCCUUCCAGGACGCCAAGGCCAAGCUGGUCCAGCUAGAAGAGGCCCUUCAGCAGGCCAAGAAGGACAUGGCCAGGCAGCUCCGGGAGUACCAGGAGCUCAUGAACACUAAGCUGGCCCUGGACAUCGAGAUCGCCACCUACCGCAAGCUGGUAGAGGGCGAGGAGAGCAGGAUGGACAUGCCUUCAGCCACCAUGGUCAGCACUAUGCAAUCCAGGUCCAGAACUGCUUCCUCCAAGUCCCGCCUUACAAGAGCUCCCUCUCGGAAGAAGAAGAAGAACAGCAGAGGCCCCGUGAUCAAAAUCACCGAAAUGUCAGAGAAGUUCCUCUUGCAAGAGUCAGAGGCCUCGGAGUAAGGCAGCUGGACCCCAGGGGCCCCAGGCCACUCCCCUGCAGCAGGAGAGUCUUAAGUUAGACUCAAGAAAGCAGUUUGGAGCCUCCAGGUUGGGAGGGGAGGCAAACCUGAUUCUGAACUGAGAUGAUCUCAAAACAAUGAGUGUUUUCUUGUGGGUGCCAGGCGUGGGACAGAACUGUCACCAGCUAUUCAAAGUCACUCCACUCCAUAUCAAUAUCUCACAAUCUUACCCUUCCAACCUUCUGGCCAUAUGUUUCCUGACUGGAUAAACUGGAGGUGGGGUCAGUUUUAUCUCCACCUUCUCACUCCUCUGAGACUCCUCCCCAACAGAGGGCUCCGGCCAAGGUCUCUUUGACCCUUUUGCCCAAUCCUUGCCCUAAACUCACAUCUCAAGCCUUGCCUUGCCUCAGCCUCUGUACCAAGCUCAUGACCUCACCCAGCCCCAGCCACAGGCCAGGGACUGGUGAAGACUGCUUCCCCCCACCCCCAUAUCUGGAGCUCCUGGUGGGGGCUGGGAGCUGGGUACCCCUGGCUUUCCUGCACUACCUGGGCUCCCCAGAGAACUGAGAGUAUUAGGGAGUGAGGGAAGGAGGCACCAUGGGUGUUUAGGACCUGAACUUGAAUCUCUGAGACCAGCCCAAACACACCUGUGCUCCCUCCCUCCUCCUGUGGGGUCCUCCAAGUAGGUCAAAGUCAGAAAUGGACAGGCUGCCCAAGCAACUCCCAGCACCUUCUCCAGCAGCUAUUCUUGCCAUGAUGAACCCCCUGGGAGAAGGCUGGAUGGCAGCCUGAGACCAAGAAGGAGAAUAAGACCCUCCCUUCCCCUCCCUGCCAUCCUGGGGCUCACCACCUCGCUGGGAUCUCAGCUCUCUGCACCCUCCUGCCCCGCCCAGGUGUUCCUCAGCCUGAAACCUGACUUUGUUGUACCAGGCCUCUAACCCCACCCCUGCCAUGAAACCCUAGGCUCAUUUCCCAUGAACCCCUUCUCAGGCUCCCUGUUCCCUCCACCAGGCCAACAGCCUGGCCCUGCCCUCCUCCGCAUUCAUUGAGGUGCCCAAGCGCACCCUAUACCUGUAGGGUUAGAGCUCCUUUUCUUCCCCCUCCACCCUCCUCCUUCCCUGCCCACUCAGCAGGGCUAUGAUGAAGGCACAGUCCAGGGAGAUCUGAGAGAUUCUGAGCUCUUGAGAUCAGGCUGGGGAGCCCCAGUGACAACCAAAGAGAGAGUCUGAAUCCAACAAGAUUUGGGGCUGGGGGAGCGCUCCUCUUUUUUCCUCUUGGCUCUUACCUUUGGAGAUCGCAGGGAGAUCUUGACAGCUCUAAGCCUUCCACACUGCAAGCCACCUCCUCUGUUUCCCCUCUUCUCCUUACCUGUCCCUUGCUUCCCCUCCUCUUCUAGCCCCAGUCUUUGAUUCACUCAUCUCCUUUUCCAGGUAGCCUUGGCUCCCCCUAGGCUCAAGGUCCUCCAAGCCUGUGGAGGGAGCUGAAGGGCUACUAACGCUCUCGAGCUGGAGGGACCUCAGACAUAUACUUGUCCCUGAAGUCCCAAAAGGGUGGUGAUUGCUGCUUCUUCUCUGCCUAUUUAUUGGUUUCAAGGGAUGAAAGCCUCAGUGGGGAUACAAAUAUAUAAAAUAUAUUUUUUUCAUAACUUAUGUGGCUUUUAACUUAUUGCUUCUGUUUCUGCAUAAUCAGUGCUAUAUAUUAUUUGAAUAGAUAACACAUAUCCCAGCCACCCCACCCAACUGGCUGACUACUCCGGGGCAAAGCCCCCUUCUCCCUGCCAAGGGAUGAAUAAAGUAC